CACGUAGAGUUCAGACUACCUCAGGCUAUGGCGCUUCCUGAGUGGAUGUUUACGUCCGUGGUCGCUGCAUCCUUCUUCUGUUUCUUCUGUUUAUUUCUUCGGUACAGGCGGACCACGACAGCGUUUUGCUGGAAGCUAGUUAGCAGGAUAAUGGCUCGAACAGAGAAGCCGCUGUUCCGAAUCGCAUACACUCUUUACACGAGGACCAGACUGGGUUAUAUGUACUACAAGAGGCAAAUGAGGAAAGCCAGGGAAAAUUAUCCUGCUGGACAUUCUGCAACCCAUCCCAUGGAGUUUAACGGUAUAAAAAUCAUUCCCAUCUCAGUGCUGUCUGACAACUAUAGCUACCUUAUAAUUGACACUGCAUCCAGUGUUGCCGUUGCUGUAGACCCUGCAGACCCUCAAAAAGUUCAGGCAGUGCUUGAAGAAGAGGGAGCCAUGCUAGAAGCUAUACUUUGUACACACAAGCACUGGGACCACAGUGGGGGCAACAAAGGUCUGAAAAGGCUACACAGUUCAUGUCACGUGUAUGGAAGCGCUGCAGAUAACAUUCCUGGCCUCACGCACCCCCUCUCACACAGAGACUCUGUGAAAGUCGGUCGGAUGCACUUUAAAGCUCUGUUCACACCUGGACACACCGUGGGUCACAUGAUCUACCUCCUGGAUGGCCAAGCAGUCGGUUCCCCCUCCAGUCUCUUCUCUGGUGAUCUGGUGUUCCUCUCCGGAUGUGGGAGGAUGUUUGAGGGCAGCGCCACAACGAUGCUCUCAUCGCUGGACACGGUUGUUUCAUUAAGUGACGAUACUUUACUAUGGCCAGGUCAUGAGUAUGCAGAGGACAACCUGCUGUUUGCUGCUGAGGUCGAGCCACGAAACGCUGUUAGGGAGAACAAAUACCAGUGGGUGCUGCAGCAAAGAGGCCAGAAGCUGUGUUCGAGUCCCUCCACCAUCGGGGAAGAGAAGCAGUACAACCCUUUCCUACGCAGCCACUCUGCAGAGCUCCAUCAGGCUCUGGGGAUCCAGCAGCUCCCAGAUGAAGACUGGACCCAGUUCAGGGCAAGGGUCUUGGAGGAACUGAGAAAAUGCAAAGACCACUACAACAGGAGGUAGUGAAACAGGACUGCCAUACGACAAUAUAAAGAAAAGAGCUCACUGUUGGUGGAAAUGAGUGAUCUUUAAGGUUAUGGUAUUUGAAAGUUCAUGAAUGGGCAUUAUGACAUUUUGAAAUUAAUCUGUGACCAAAAGGACCAAUAGGUGCAUCUUCCCCAUUUAAUCAUACCACAACAUAUAAUAGACCCAUUUCCCUCCAGGGGUUGUAGGUUAAUUACAAAUGUAUUUUGUAAUCUAGAUUAGAAGGAGUGCUAAAUCACUUAGGCAGACUAUAAAUGCACAUACAAUAAGUGAGUAUGUUGUGGUUGAUCUACAAAGAUGGCGUACACGAUUCAUAAGAUGCACAAACAGGUUUGAUAGCCCUGAGUUAAAUGGGUAAAUUGCAUGUAGAGAGCAGCUGUGAAAGUAAGAGGAAAUAUUGCCAUGGAUUGGAGGUAAUGGAUACUUAAAAAAUAAUAAUUAUAUAGGAUAUGGAUAUCAUUUGUACUCUACAUAUGGGUAGGUCAGACUGUUGCAAAUAAAAAAGAAACAAUUAAAAAUCCUGAUUUAUACCUGUUUUACACCUGUUGAAGAUCAGCUUUGGGUGUGCUAAAAAGUUUGCACUUGUUUUACUACACAAACUCUAAAGAUCAGGUCUGUAAAGCUGCAUGACUGAUGUUUGGUUGUUUUACAAGUAGCUUCAGCCGGGUUUGUGUUAUCGGUACCUUAAGCAGUUUAGCCAGUGAGGUACUGAAUUGUUUGCUCUUACUGUAAACUACAACUCGGAGGACUUCUAACUGAUGAGGUUUCAUCUGCAGGCCUUUUGCACGGUUUCAAGUCCUGAUUAAGACUUGUUUUUUUCUCUGUCAUCAUUUAUGGACUGAAGUGUUUGGUUUUGAUAUAUGUUUUUGUAAUGCAAACUUCAGAGUUACAUUGAAUUGAACAAAUUCCAUAAUGCGCUGAUUUUAGAUGGCACCUCAGCCAUGCAGAAAUUUUCCUGCAGUUUGAUUUUAGGCAAAGAAGAAAAACACUAUUUCUUUGUAGAGAUUAUUCUAGGGAAUGUUUUCUGUUUUUUUUCCUCAAUUGUGUGCAUACUUGAAGGUUCUUUUUUUUAGUGGGGAUGCGUGAAUUACUUUCAAAUAGUCAGUGGCCUAUCAGCAGUAGACAGCAAUCAGAGCUUUUCUAGUGUCAAAACACAAAACAAAAUGAGACUAGUAGGCUCAAUUAUAGGGUACUAAACUGGGAAAAUAUUAUGGAAACUUUAUAUGAUCAAUCUGACUUUGCAUUGAUUAAAUCUACAGUACCUGCAUUUAGUUCAUAGAAAUGUUUGCUGACAUGAUAUAAAGUAAAAUGCAGCACCUUCCACAAAUAUAUGUCUCCUAAUGCAGGGGAAUAAUCCCAACAUAAAGAAAUUAGCCUUGAAUUAUUACUUAAACUUUAAUCUCAAAGUUUGGAAAAUCAUUAAAGUUUUUUAUGGAUCUUUAUUUUACUAAAGUGAGAAGUGUUGAACUUUUUCCUAAAUAUUGAAGCGGAUCCCAAUCUUUUUUAGACUCCAUUUUCAAAUGAGGAUCAUGGCGAAACAUGCUUAGUGAGAGAAAGGGUUCACCUGACUUAAUUUGCAAAGAUAUCAACUACAAGCAACAGGGCUUAAUGAGGAGUUGAGAGAAGAUGGAAAGAAUGUAAAAAGAAAAAAAUAUUCUCCAAACCACUGAGUUAAAAAAAAGAAAUUACUGUAAUAUCAGGUUUCCUAUAGAUCUUUUCCAGUGGGGUUGAUAUACAAGGAGCGUGCAGCAGCAUGUGCUCAGUUCUUCAGAAAUGAUACUAUGGUUUUACUGGUACCAGGUGCCAACGCACAGUAGCUCAUGUUGUAUCUUGAGGCUGAAGUGUCAAAAUAUCUGAUCUCAUAGCUCUGAUUGCUGUUUAUGAGAGUUUUAAAAAAAAAUCUCUUUUUCAAAGUGCUUCCCCUUUUCUUCUUUGUUUUUGAUUAAAAAACAGAAAUAAUAUUUCAACUCUUAAAGUGUACUAAAAGUUGUGAAGGUACGGUGGUGUAAGUUCUGUAACCUGAGUGAAAUAUCAUUGAAGGGAACUUUUAUUUUUUGUUUUUGUUUUUUUACUGGCAGCCUGCAGAACUGAUACUGGAUUUAAUAUGAAGAAAACUACAUUCAGACUGGUGUUGAAUAAUUAGCAUACAAGAACAUUUAGCAGAAAAUGGGUUCAGACAAGUUAAGCAAAAAAGGUAAUUUUGUCUUUCUCUUUGAAACAUGAAACUUCCCUGUAGUUCUGACUGAAAGAAUGUUUUUAUUUGACCAGUUAAAAUGUAUAUAAACGUAUUUAUGUUGUAUAUUACUGAACUAUCACGGUACAGAUUUAUUUGCGGCUGCAUGCAAUCAGCUAAAAAAGAUGUUGGUCACUCACACAGAAGAGGAUGCAAAAUGUUCCUUUUAUUGCUUUUUGGUUAAUGUUAUGACAGAAAGUGAAUUGAUAAAGCCCCUACCAAAGUACUCCACACCAAACUGAUGCAUGAAUGACGCACCAGCUAAAGACCAGGCUAUUUUAUUUUAAAGAAUUGAAGUUUCCAGUAACAGGGUGACAAUGAUUUUGGAGCAGUGCUUUAUUGCACGUCUAAUGUCCUAAAAACGCCUGGAUAGCAGACAUCAUGCUUUUGAUUUUAGGCAUCUUUUCAUAGGGUGCCCCACAAGGAACCUGUGAACAAAAUAAACACCUAUAAAAUCUUGAACAGUGCCAUCUACUGUUCACUUUUGCACCACUUGAAUAUCAUUUUAUGUUUUAUUAUCUAGUUCUGUUCUAAUUUUGCAUUCAAAGUUAUUCUUUUCUUUAAUAUCUUUCCAUUUUCAUAAGGUUUAGACCAAAUAAGUCAAAGUAAACUAUUGAAAAUCUGCUUUUCUGCGACCUUGGAGCCUCUUUUAUUGCUAGCAUUGAUUUCUCUUUCAUUUGUUUUGUCAUAAAUGAGUCAAAACGAAGCUAAUGCAUGUGCAUAAUUAUUUUUCAACUUGCUGUAAUCUUUCUGAACCAGACUGAGCCAAAAGCAGACGGAUAUGUGUAACCUUGGCUAAUGUGUCCCAAACAUCCCGAAUAGAAAACAGCCUAAGGGAUUUAUUAUGCUGUGAUAAGACUGUGCAUCUUUUAGUAAAAUAUAUCAACAUCUUUUAUUGCACAAUAUUGUGAUUUCCUUGGGCAAUUUACAGAAUCUGUAAGAAAUGCACAAUAAAUGUUAUUUGUAUUAAGUUUUUUUUGCUGGUGUUUUAUCAUUUUUCAAGCUCUUUGAAUUUGGGCCUCUUUUAUUAGUUAGAAAUGUUUUCAUUCUUUUUUUAAUAAUUUGAACUGUUUUUAUAGACUUUUUUUGUGUUUGGAAAAUGGCCUUUGUUGUUUUACCACUGAUGUACAAUGUAAGGAAUGAUGAAAUUAAUACAUCUAAGCCUAGAACAGGGAUGCAUCACAGAGAUAAAAGUAACUCUUAACUAUAACAGUUAUAUAUCAAUAA